CAGCUUCUCCCAGAAAGUGGAUGAGGAGGAGUCAGGCGGCGGCGUGGCGCUCCACCCUCCAGACGGGUUCUACACGCACCAGCACUCCAUCCACAGCCACCAUGGCCACACCGCCGAGCCGGACCGCGGGUACAUGGAGGGCAAUAGAUACGUCACCGCGGUCCACAGGCCUUUACCGGCUCUAAACCACUCGAACUCGUCAUGUUCGUCCGCCUCGAACGCGUCGACGGGCGCGGGUCUGUGCGCCGGCGCACAGGAGCCGCCGCCGCCGCUGUACAUCGCCGCGCCGCCGGAGGGAUUCGGGAUGGCCGUUCAUACCAACAGCCGUUAUGAGAUGUCCCAAGAUCUCCUGGACAAGCAGGUCGAGAUCCUAGAGAGGCGGUACGGAGGUCUCAGAGCUCGAAGGGCAGCGGUCACCAUCCAAAGGGCGUUUAGACGGCGACAGCUGCUGAAGAAGUUUAGCGCCAUCACGGCGAUGGCAAAAGCUGCUGACUCCACCGCGAGGAGAAUGCAGGACGGGCCUGAUCAUGGCCAGCUAGUCAAUGGUACAGAUAUCUACGCGAAUACACUGCUCCAGAAGAGUCCAGCGGGUGCGGAGAAGAUGUUGGCUCUCACCAGGCCGAUGAGGUCCAUGUCGCUGAGAGAACGGCACGACAUGGAUAUGAGCAAUCACCUGCAAUGCGAUACCCAGAACGAGGUGGAAGCGAUGGUGGCUAGGGUUCAACAGUCGGCCCACCAGAUUCACAUGAUCGCGGCUGACAUGCCGCAUCUACACCGCGGGGACACGGAUAGUGGGGUGUGCAGUUGUUCCGUGAGCGGCUCAGUUACCAACAUAUCGACGUCAUCGUCGCACAAUGAAUCUCUCCAUAAUCAUCAGUUGUUGAAUAAUACAGGUCCAAUAUACGGUAACCUGCUAUCAUCAGGGGGCAAGCCCCUGUCGUCCCCUACCGCGCGUCAGCAACAACAGCUUGCGGCGAUACAGGCUGCCAAUGCCAGGCGGAUGCCGCCAGAAGUGCCAAAGAGGACCAGCAGUAUUACCCUCAAUGCUGAAAGUCCAGUAUCGCUCCGCCGCGCCGAAUGCGGAGGAGCAGUUGUGCGAGGAGGAUCAAUGUCCUCGGUCCAGUCCUCGUCAUCGUCAUCGUCGCAGGAGCACCGCCAUCAUUACCACCAGCCGUACCAGCAGAGGGCUCCGGAGCCUCACAUCCACAUCCAAGAGCAGCACUACCAAGGCCACCAGCGCACAGCAUCAGGCUCCGCCUACGAAGGCGUGGCUGCGCCAGUCCCCGCCCCCGGAUUCCCGGUGUGGAAGCGACAGGACGCGCCCCCGUACUACGAAGCGCCACCGCCGGCGGUAUGCUGUCGCCCGCAUGAUAGACACCCGCCCACCCACCACCAACAGCCCAAGGUUUCCGAAACAGUCCGCAAACGUCAAUACCGCGUGGGGCUCAAUCUGUUCAACAAGAAGCCUGAGCGUGGCGUGGCUUACCUCAUAGCUAGGGGGUUCCUAGAGAACUCCCCUCGGGGAGUUGCCCGCUUCCUCAUUACGCGCAAGGGGUUAAGCAAGCAGAUGAUCGGGGAGUACUUGGGAAACCUGCAAAAUCCGUUCAACAUGGCUGUGCUAGAAUGCUUCGUCAACGAGCUAGACCUGUCCGGCAUGGCGGUCGACGUGGCUCUUCGGAGAUACCAGGCCCACUUCCGACUGCCUGGUGAAGCUCAGAAGAUCGAGCGGCUGGUGGAAGCCUUUGCCCGCCGCUACUGUAUUUGCAAUACUGACUUUGUGCAGCGGCUGAGGACUCAGGAUACGAUCUUCGUGCUAGCCUUCGCGAUAAUAAUGCUGAACACUGACCUCCACACUCCGAACCUGAAGCCCGAAGCACGAAUGUCGCUGGACGACUUCGUACGGAACCUACGAGGGAUCGACGACUGUGGGGACAUUGACAGAGACAUGCUGGCUGGAAUAUACGAUAGGGUCAAGUCGAGCGAGUUUAGGCCGGGAAGCGACCAUGUCACGCAGGUGAUGAAAGUGCAAGCUACGAUUGUGGGCAAGAAGCCGCACCUGGCUCUCCCACACCGGCGCCUGGUCUGCUACUGUCGCCUCUACGAGAUACCGGAUAUACACAAGAAGGAGCGGCCUGGCGUGCACCAGAGAGAGGUGUUCCUAUUCAACGAUCUGCUGGUGAUAACGAAGAUAUUCAGCAAGAAGAAGUCUUCUGUGACGUACACGUUCCGCCAGUCGUUCCCUCUCUGCGGAAUGCUUGUCAAUUUGUUCUCAGUGCCGCACUAUCCAUUCGGCAUCCGCCUAUCCCGCCGCGUGGACGGCCGUCGCCUAGCAACCUUCAACGCGCGUAACGAACACGACCGCUGCAAGUUUGCCGAGGACCUGCGCGAGAGUAUCGCUGAGAUGGACGAAAUGGAAGCCAUGAGGAUCGAGGGCGAACUCAACAGAGGGAAGGGAAGGGGCACGGGAAACAACAGGAAUGUAAUGGAAAAUCGCGACAGCGGAGUGGCGGACGUUGAGAUCGACCACCAGCAGUGCAUGGACCACGUCCAUGUUCAUGGAGUGGUAGUACCACCACCGCCGUCCGGGCCGGCUCCGGCGGCGCCGUCACGGCUCCCACACAAUCCGCCGCCUACCACCAUCAUCAAGCGGAACGUGCUCUCUAACUCGCUCGUGGACAUAAACGACCCAGUGGCUCUAGCAGCUGAAAGGCUGCAAAGGCGGGGCUCCGUGGGUUCCCUGGACAGCGGCAUGUCGGUGUCGUUCCAGCAAGGCAGCCGCAACGCACUGCACGCCACGUCACCACGUCAUCCUGGGGAACAGAGGUCACCUGGUCGUCUUUUCGGUGGCAUAUUCCCCAGUCGACAACGCAAGCUGAGCGCGUCUGGGGUCCCGGAUUCGAAGCACGGAGGGGUCGGCAAGAGCACAGAGGUGUAAACGGAUAAUAAACCAGCACGGUUUCAAUUUGAGGAUUCCAGGAAUUCCACAUUUCAGGGCUUGGAACACACCCGCUUUGGAAGAUUGGGUCAGUCAAGUUUUAUGUUUUAUUCUUCGUGAAAAACAUGAUUGUUCUGAAACUGUAGCCCAAAGGUUACAAAACAAAAAUAAGAUGGCUAUAGUAUGAUAAGGGUUUUGCAUAAUUGAAUUUGAUUUCCAAAACUUAACCUUACAUUGUUCUUAAAUUCCUUUGAUUUUAAGGAAAAAAAAUUGAAUAUGCUUAAGGGUUAAGGUGACAGAAAGUCUACAUGCUUCAUUUAAAAAAAUGGGAUUUAUGCCUAAAUCCUUUUGAAUAUAUUUUUGCAGUGUAUUAUUAUCUAGAGUGCCAUCUUUGUUUGUGUAUUAUGAUCUUAAUUGUACAUACGUGUAUGAAACACUACGUAUGUGUUUACGUAAAACUUUAUUUAAUAAUAAUAAUGGAACGAACAUGCAGUCUUACAAAUUAUGGUAAGGUAGCGUGAAGAAACAGGAGUUUGACAAUAUUGAGUAUGUACGAGUAUAUUCAGUAGCUUAACAUCACAUUUUAUGAAAACUUAACACUAAACAAUACAAAUUAGGGUAUAUUUUACAGUGCACGUACUCUGUAAAUAUAUCCUAUAGGACAACUGGAAAUGAUGACACUAUAGUAUAAUUGCAAUAAAUUUCAAGCAUUGACAUUUCUAAAUUUUUGACAGAUGGUAACGAGUAAUUCAGUUUCUUGUAUGUGUCAUUAUUUCUGUUGUCAAACUAAUAUCAAAUACGAUUGUUAUUAAGUGCCAAUAUUACUGGUACCGAAUUAAUUUUAACAUUUUCGUAUAUUUCUUGACGUAAAAUCGUAUAAUAUCAGGGUCUAGUAUGAAAUGCAUCGCGUAGGUAUGAAAUGUAGGAACCGAACGAUUCGGGUUUUAUGGGCUUAUACCAAAGUUAGGUAUGAUACACUUUUGAUACUUCUGUACGUCGAAUAAUCAACGAAUAUGAGAAUGUCAAGGUAAUUUCACACUUGAUGUGUUACAGCUUGUAUAGUUUGGGGUUAAAUGGGGAAGAACAUUACAAUGAUAUUUGACAGGUUAUGUCAUAUUUUGAAUAUUUUCCAAUGACAUAGGAAGUUACUGUAUUCUUAUUAUUAUUCACUUGGUAAGAGACUUUCAUGGACAGGAUUAGGAUUUAUUCAUCACAAAAACAUCAUACAUUUUAUGAAUAAAUUAUUAUACAUAUAGAAUUCAGGUACGUAUCUAGUGAAUUUCGAAUUCUAAACACCUUCGAACGAAAACUGCAACUGUUGUUUUUGAAUAUUAACUAGUUGUUGUUUAAAUUUUGAGCUAUUUUUGACUAGUACGAUAUAUUACUCGGAUUAUACUAAUGUAUCACAAAAUUAGAUGACUAGUCGUGUUCGCGGUAUCGAAAACAGUGGGUCCAUGAUUUUGGAAAUAGGAUUAGGUGGAGAACGGUUUAACUAUGAUUCUGAUCGUUUGUAAAAUAAAUUGUAUUCUAUCUUAGUGGAUAUAUGUCAUAUAAAGUCCAUCAUAGAAAAAAUGAGAGAUUUAUGCCCGUUUUCACCAUCAAUCCCUAAUUUUCAAGUGAUCCUUAUGGUAACAUAUAACAGGAAUUUUGUUUUCAUAGGGGCCACUUAAAAAUUAGGGAUUGAUGGUGUUAACGGGCAUAAGAGUUUCAAGUUAAAAAAAAUGUUGUGCUAGUUUUUUACACAUAUCAGAAUCAUAGUUAAAACCAUGUAGGAAAUGCUGGUUAUUGCGAGAGUAUGUUAUAUUGAUAAGGGUUUUGAAUCAUUAAGUACAGAACACAAUUAAUAAAACUACUUGCCGGAUUUAAAAUAAUAAUUGCAUGUUACCAGAAGCCACAAAGUAUUAAUAUUACUUUAUAUUUAAAUGGUUAUUAAAGAUUUUUAACUUAGAUUUCAUGAUAUUUUUUUAGAAUAAUUGUACAUACGUUCAGAAUAGAAUGCAAUAGGAUGUUUAGCGAUCACAAUUUUUUACAUGCACAGUCAAGCAAUAAUGUUACAAGAGAGUUGGCAUGAUUUGGCUAAAUUAUUAAUAAUUAUGAUCAAUUACUGGUAAACGUUAAUAAAGGGACUAUAUCCACCUCUCGUUCCCACCGCUGCAACUCCUGUGUAGCCAGGAUCUACAGCUUGACUACCCACUGAAAUUCAAGCAGUGAGGCAAAGUUUGUUCUAGGGGAAAGUUCAGUGAUUGUGUGCUUACCAUGAGUUCACGUUAGGUGUGCUCGCUAGCGAGUAUGUCAAAAAAAUCUAUUAAGAUUUUAUUUCUCGAAAGUAGCCGCUAGGGGCGCUGCAUAAUAUGUCAUACAUUUAAUGAAAUUUUUUUACGCAGUCGCUAACGAGCACACGUAACCGUAAACUCAUGGUAAGCACACUGUUCAGUUCAAGAGGGAUGCCAAAUGACGUAUGAUAACAAAAAGAAAAAUCUUACUAAAAUUCAUGCCAGCUCAUUUUGAACAUACUUAAAUGAAUACAUCACAUACCUAUUACAUUUAUCUAAAUAAUAUUUAAAAAAUACGAAUUUAUUCACUAUUGUUGAUGAAUUUUAUUAGCUUUAUAGGCGAUUUGAGGAAAUUUUUAAAAUAGGCUAAUUCCUAACCCAUUUAACGUUUCGAAAUAUACAAAAAAUAUAACGUAUUAGUCUAGUCGUCAGAUUUUGGUGCAUUUCUGUCGAAUGUCCAUGUUUUAAAGUAGGGUAAGGAUCUCUUCCAAAAACGUAUCCUAUUAUUUCGUGUUUGACUGUAUCUAGAAGGCUGCUUUUUGACUUGUACAGUCGUGCUUAGAAAUAUGUUUACAAAAAUUUUGACAGUUAAAUGUCAUUAUAAAAAUGUCAAUGUCAGAAUUUUUGUAAAGGUAUGCAUAAACUCGACUGCGUUAGUUCACUUUGAACGUAAUGUUAAACUGUAUUUACUUUACUAUGUUACCGAUUUUGACUCUCCCUGGAUUUACCAAACGUAUACCUAACUAGUGUUAAGUAAACAAUGACUUAUGGCCGGUCUUCUCUUAGAUUUGCAUUUUUAUGAAGUAUAAAUAAUCUUUAACAUGGUGUUCUGAAGUAGUAUUGAAAUGUAAUAAGAUUGUAAUAAAAUUAUGCAUAUGAAAUGUCAAAUUGUUAUUGACAUUUGACACUUCCUUCAUUCAUCGUUGUGAGCGCAACCAUGCAUGCAUCACAUACAUACUUACUUCAUUGAAAAUUAAAUGUAGAAUAUGGAUUUUAUGUUGUGUUUUCAAACUAUAGUAAUUUUAAUAAAACACAAAAUAUGCUCUACUUUCAAAAGACCGGCCAGUAAUAAAAUGUUGACUAAUUUAAAUGAUAGCCAUUGAUGUAUAUUAUAGAUGUUUCGAUAUACUUUGGUCGUAUGUACGGCUUCAAAUAAAUAGUCAAUGUAUUUUAAAUUUUACAUUGUAGACAUAAAGUUCAAAAUUCAUUAAGGAAAGCGAAGAUCCACUUAUAAAACUCGUUUAUAAAUAUUCUCAAAAAUCAAGACAGGACUAAAGUAUUUAUUUAUCUAUAAUAUAAACCAAUGGCAGUAGCUAACUACUGUUGACUUUGUACCGAUUACGUAAGCUUGUUGUUUCUACUGUUUGAUACGGGGGUAGAUAGAAAUUAAACUUGUUGAGAUCUCUUCGGCAUGAUCAGCGAUGAGGUUUCAAUCGUCGUGCUUUUGUAUUCCCUUAGUUUUACAUUUGCAGGUUAAUAUUGUCGUAAAAACAAUUCUUUCCCUCUUUUCUCUAUCCCUCUCUUAGAUUCUAAAAUAUUUUAGGUUUCCCAUAAAUUAAAAUGAUAUUUCUCUGUUAUUUCAAUACUAUAGGAGUUUUUAUGACAAUAUUAAUAGAUCUAAAACUAGCUAUUCACUUUUAAAAUCCAAAAAUUAAAGCUAUUUUAAUAGCAUUUUAAUUAAGCCUUGGCAAAAUAUUUAGUUUCUUCAAAUUGUGGUGGGUACAUGAAAUUGAAUGAUUAAAUAAAUAAUAACUCAUGGCUUGAAGGAAAAUAUCUAUAUUUAAUUACUUACCGUUAAUCCGUUAUUAAUUUUAUUUACUAAAAAUAUUUGUCAAUUUCAUGUGCUUCCACAAGUUUUCUGUACCUAUUAGAGUUGACUCAUUAAAUUUAACUCAUGAGUUAAUUCUCUAUGAAUUCAAUCCAUUGAAUCUCCAUUUUGUAUACUUCAUAUUUGAUAAGUCUCAUCGUUUUUAAUAAUUUGUAUUAAAUGUGCAGUUGACUGUAUAAAUCAUUCAUAAAUAUCUGUCAGUUUGAAUUGAACUGUCAUUAAAAAUGUCAUUGACAUGUUUAUGCAGUCGACUGUACAUUCUUUCGAGUUAACGCUAGUUCUAAAAUAUUGUAAUGCAUGACAAAACUAAAGGAAUUGAUUCUUCGUUGGAUUAUGAACCUUGUGGGUAUUGUAAUAAUGUUGUGUCGAUUGUGUAAUAAUUCUAAACUUGUGACGAUCGGUAGUACUUAUUUCGAAUUUUAUUUUUUCAAUUUUAAUAUGUUAAGUAUUGAAUUAUAUCUGCAGUCUUAAUUAAAUUUGAAUAUAAUAAUAAAUUUUCGAUAAUAAUUAUUAACAUUACGAUGCUAAAUUAUAAAUUAUUUGAUUCGAAUUCAAGUACAAAAGUGCCGAUCCAAUUUUAUUUUAAAUGUGAAAUUUCUUGUGCGUAUUUCAAGCGGAAUGCGUCUUUCUUUUCUUAGGAAUAUGAUUCAAUAUGAUGUAAUUUUGUGAUAGUGGUGUAUUCCAAUAACUUGUGUACGAAAACAUAUUUUAAUUAUAAUGCAUUAGAAGUUAAAAUUGGCUGAACGGCGAAUAAACAGCAUUGCAAAUAAAUAUAAAAAUUGGAAUACGCCAAUAGUUUUGUGUGAGAUGAUUAUAAUCAUUAAAUUGCUUUUGUAAAUUUCGCUUGAAGCCAAAGAUGUAUAAUUUGUGUUCACACCUUACGAUGGAACUGUCAUUUUGUGUUUUUUGCUAGAUCAGUAAUCCGACAUAUCUAUUUUUAAUACACUCGAGAAAUACAUCUGCUGCAGAAACCAUCUAUAAACGACAGAAAUUAUAUUGCAACCAAAGCAAGUGAAAAUUAGGUUCGUGUACAUUUUGAAUACACGACUUUAAUAUGCUAACAUCAGAGGUGGAAUUGUGUAAAGCAAUCGUAAUCAUUAAAAUUUGACUGUUCAUAACGUACGAUAAAGUCAGUUAAACAAAGCAUUUGACACAAAAAUCGUACGUUAUGAACUGUCAAAUGAUAACGAUUGCUUUACACAAUUCCACUUCAGGUCUCUCCAACCAGUCUGGAUAACGCGGGCAGUGUAAACAAUCCUUCACUUGCCUCUGGUAAAUUGAAGGUCAUGUUCCUGCAAUGAAGACUAAAUGAUCUGGUGAGGAUUGAAGACUAUCGCGACAGAAGCGCUACGGAAGAGCUGUAUUGAGUCGCAGAGUAUAAAAAAUCUUUAAAUAGGUAUGUCGGAUUCCUGAUGUCAAAUGUUGAUUCUACAGCACAGUUCAAAAGUCAAAUGCAUGCCUCUAUUUGAAUCGACUUCCACAACUCUCUCCAGAGAAGUUAUGUUAAUUAUUUUUAGUUAUUUUAAGUUGAGGGACUAUUUAGUUUUCUGUAACAUAAACCUUACUAACUUAUUAUACUUUGUGUAUGUAUAUUAAAGAGUACAUUUCUAAUAUAUAUCCUUUAGUUAUAAUUGUUAUAUAAAUUAGUGUUUAA